AUGGUGGAAGUGAGCGAUAAGAUAGAUAAAGGAGAAGUCGUCUGGGUUCCUGCAAUAAUCAUUAAAGAGAUUGAUGAUGAUGUUGAUGAUGAUGAUGAGGAUGAGGAUGAGGACUACGAGGAGGACGAGGAUAGUGAUGAAAAGAAAUACUUCUUCAUGAAAAGACCCAACAAAAAGGUUGACAUGCGUAGUAUUAGGCCUAGACCGCCUCCUUUUUCGGCUGAGGAGCUUAAGUUGGUGGAAUAUGUAGAGGUGUUCCAUGGAACAUCAUGGCGUCAAGGGCGAGCGAUUGGGAGAGUGUUUCGUGGACGGUGUAAAGUGCUUUCAGAGGCUACAGACAAGAUGUUGAGCUUCAAAAUCUCGGACAUUAGACCUUCCAAAGUGUGGGAAGACGGCGUAUGGAAGCCAAGGGCGCCUUCGACUCAAGGGUCGGUAGAUGAGAUGAGUGAUUCUAGUAGUACAUUCUCUCCAGUAUCUAACAGUCCACAUGAGAAUCCGAUGGAAUCGCCUUUAACUCAAGGUUUGGUAGAUGAGAUAAGUGAUACUUGUAAUACAUUCUCUCCAGUAUCUAACAGUCCACCUGUAACUCCAUCUCCGAGCAUAACUGCAACACCAUUGAUACAAACACGAGAGAAUGGAACUAGGGAAGAUAACAAUCGGAAGAGGAAGAGAGAACAAAAGCUUAGUUCUGUUGAGGAAACUGAAGCAAAGGAUAUAACAAUAGUUUUGCCCUUUGCGAAGAAGUUGCCAAUUUGGAAGACAGUUGAAUCAAUUGAGGUAUUUAAAACAUUCCCACAGAGUCCUCAUUUCAUUCCAUUGUUGGAGAUUAGAGAAGACGCUCGUGAAAUAUCUGCGGUUGGUAUGAUGCUAACCUUCUCUGGAUUACUUGAGGAAGUCAAAUCUCUGAAACUAAACAAUCGCAUAAGCACACUAAAUAGCCUGUUGGGCCUCAGUGAUUCCUUUGCCGAGUUAGAGAAGCCCGGGUUCGAUGUAAAAGUACCUACGUUGCGGGUCAGUAACCUGUUGUCUCUCAUAGAUAGGCAAGCAAAGAAAAUGGAGGAACUUGAAGAUUGCGAGAAAGUGACUGCAGAGAAAGAGAUCAUCAAGGUUGAGAACGAACGCAAGAUUCUGGAGCUGCAAAAGCUGAACGACGAGGCAGACAAAGAGAUUGCACAGAGCAAGUCAUGUGAAGCAACGAUUGGCCAACAGCUUGAAGAUGUGAAGCUUCAGUUUCACACAACUGCGUCUGCGCCAUGGUAA